CCCAGGAUGGAAGCUUGUCACUCUCCAGAGCAAUUCAAUGUCACUUCAUAUGAUGCCACAGCUGUGGCUGUCAUCACCCUUGAGGCAUUUGCUGGCAUGUGGAUAAAUGCUUUCAUUGUUUUUGUGAUUUGCAUGUCUUGGGUCAAAAAGAAAAUCUUGAACUCUAAUGAGAAGAUCCUGCUGGUUGUUGGAUGCUCCAGGUUUUGGUUUUUGUGCAUCUCAUGGGUAUACUCCUUUCUCUCAGUCAUUUAUCCCCAUUCCCUUUAUGUUCACCCCACACUUCAACUAUUUGUAUCUAUUCAGAGCUUUUUCAGUCAUUCCAGUCUGUGGUUUUCAGCCUGUCUUUGUGUCUUUUAUUGUAUAAAAAUUGCCAAUUUCCAGAACAGCUUCUUCAUCUACCUGAAAGUAAAAGUUGACAGGAUGGUGCCCUGGCUCUUGUUGGGGUCAGUGCUUUUUGCCUUGACUAUCAGUAUCCUUGCCUAUGAUAUUGCUGGAAAACUGCACAGUAAGGACCGCAAUUCCACCUGUCCAGUAAAUUUUUUGAAGGAAAGUAUCAAAAUUCAGGAACAUUUUUUCCAUAUUUAUUUCAUCGCUGACUUUGGGUAUGCUACUUCAUUCAUGGCAGUCAUCUUUUCUGCCCUUCUGCUUCUCUUUUCCCUCUGGAGACACAAACGCAACAUGCAGACAAACUCCAUGAAGGACCUCAGCAUGGAUGCCCACAUCAAAGCCAUGAAAUCCAUUCUCUCCUUCUUUGUAAUGUACAGCAUCAACUUCGCAUGUUUGAUCUUCAAUAUGAUUUAUGCCACAGAGAAGGAAAGUCCUGUGAAAUUUCUUAAUUAUGUAUUUCUGUAUGCUUUUCCAGGUAUUCAUUCCCUUGUUCUGAUUUUCAGCAAUCCCAAACUGAAAAACACACUGCUAAGGAUUCUGCCCUGUGUAAAGUGUAAGGUUUGCAUGAGGUAG